AUGGAGUCAGAGCAAGCGACGGCGGUGAGCUCGGCCAGUCUGAGUCACGUACAACUUCCAGAAUUAAAGUCGCUGAACCUAUAUUUGCACCAGCUCGAGCGCUCCCCCAAAUACCAACACUAUUUACGGGCGUAUAAACUGGAGGCCAAUGCUCAAGCACAACACAUUACGGAGAAGCUUUAUUCUAAUUUUACGGGGCAUACGUUGAUGGGACCGGAUAAGAUCGAUUUACGGUCGCCAGCGAUGUAUAUCAUCAACGAUAAAUGGCUCCAGUACCCUGAAGAUAUCGCUGAAGGCGAGUGUGGCGACGAUGGGAACUAUUCCGUGACGUUUUUCCACCUUGGUAAUCGGCUUACCGGUCACGCUGGAGUGAUCCACGGCGGUCUUUUGGCGACAUUAUUGGAUGAACUCACCUGUCGGCUCGCCUUCCAGGCGUUCCCGCUGAAGAGAGGAGUGACGGCAAAUCUCAAUAUAAACUACCGUCAACCGACACUUAUGGAUACCUAUAUUAUGAUCAAGUCGGUGGUGCAACGGAAACAAGGGCGCAAGUGCUGGGUGAAAGGGUCAGUGUAUAAAGUGGGUGACCUUGAAUCUGAUGAACCCAUCGAGACCAAAGAGAAUUUACUAGCGGACUGUGUGGUCUUAGUCGUCAAGACUGCUGCUGCUCCCCCUCCCGCUGCGUCGUACUCGCAAGCUGUCAAGGUCAACGGCUUCAUCUACGUGUCGGGCCAGAUCCCUUACACUUCGGAAAACAAGCCCUUGACCGAUACCUCGGUGGAAGCCGCUGCCGAACAAGUGAUCCAGAACGUCAAAAACAUCUUGGAAGCGUCUAAUUCAUCGUUGGACCACAUCGUCAAAAACACCAUCUUUUUGACCGACAUGGACAACCAGUUCCCCUUGUUCAACAAGGUGUACGGCAAGUACUUCAACGCCAACACCCACUUGCCCGCUCGUUCGUGUGUGGCAGUGAAGCAGUUGCCCUUGGGCGUGUUGUUGGAAAUGGAAUCCAUCGCCAUCGAAAAGCAAGACUCUAAGUUGUAA